AUGGCCAUACCGAAUGAGGCGCUGCAAAAGCUGGCGCUUGAGAUCGAGUCACAAGCUAUCGCAGCGCAGCAGCAGAUUGGCAUCGUCCGAACCCAAUUAGCAGCGAAACAGCGAGAACAGCGCCUGCUGCGGUUGACCAUGAACGAGGUGCAGAGCUUUCCGAGCGACUCGGUCAUGUAUGAAGGCGUCGGGAAAAUGUUCGUUUCUCUUCCCCCCAGCACCCUGCAAGAGAAGCUGCAGCGCCAGAUCCAGGACCUCGAUGGGGAGGUUGACCGACUAAACCAACGACUGCUGUAUCUGGAGACGACGCACAAGAAUAGCCGGGAGCAUAUCGACCAGAUACUACGGACGCGUUGA